AUGAGGCUAUCGCAAUGGCUACCGCUACCCAUUCUAACCCUAUUAUCCACCACCAUUACAGGGUCAUCAACCAACUACUCAACCUGGAUGGCCGAUAGCAUCAUCUCUCGCGGCCAAGGAAUUGCUCCUGAGGAACCAACUGUCUCUACUUAUCUACAAAUAGGAAUCGUGCAAUCCGCGCUUCUGCGAUUGAUCGACGCGCCUUUUGUAGCGUCGGAUUGCACUAAAGAUGACUAUCGAGCGUAUGUGCGACGGGGUAGUGAGAGCGUUUUGGGUAAGUUACUUAAUGCUUCUCAGGAUAUUUCGUAUCCAUUAGAUCGGUUUUCGCUCGGGAGGGGUCUGUUAGCGGAGUAUUACGAUGAGGGCAAUCGGACUGUUAAAAGUGCUUUGGAUGCGUUGAAUGAGUCUAUUGCUCUGCAGCCGAGGAACCAAUACGGUGGAUUGUGGUACUUUACAUACCCCAACUGGAGCUAUCUAGAUGGAAUGUACUCCUACACCUCUUUUACUUCAUUAUACACCACACAUUUUGACCCGCCAGCCCCGAACACCGCAACGGACGCCUUUCAAUUAGAUCUCCUCUGGUCCCAUUGCUAUGACAACACAAGCGGCCUUCUAUUCCACGGCUACGACGCCUCCAAAACCGCCGUGUGGGCAGACCCCGUAACCGGCGCGAGUCCCAUUGUCUGGGGUCGAGCAUUGGGAUGGUACUUUAUGGCGUUGGUUGAUUGGCUGGAUUUAAAUUCAUUCCAGCCAGAUCCAUUGCAAUGGGGUUAUGUUCAUCGCCGCUUUGUGGCUCUUGCAGACGCGAUUGCGAAUGUCGUUGAUCCUGUCUCUGGGGCGUGGUGGCAGGUAUUAAACUUCGCGGGGCGAGAAGGGAACUAUAUUGAGUCCAGUGCAAGUGCAAUGUUUACGUAUGGUUUGUACAAGGGUGUCAGACUUGGCUAUCUCCCUGCAUCGAGAUAUCGAGAGACCGCAAACAAAGCGUAUGAGUAUCUUGUCAAUACCUUUGUGGUGAAGAAUCAGAAUGGGACGUUGGGUUGGAACGGGACUGUUUCGGUGUGCAGUUUGAAUUCGACAGCGAGCUAUGAGUACUAUGUGACGCAGCCGCUGUUGUUUAAUAGUGUGCAUGGCUCGGCGUCGUUUGUUCUUGCGAGUCUGGAGAACGAGAUGGCUGUAUGAUAGAUAUACUACUUUUCAUGGCGAUUGCCAUCGUCCACUCGAACAUCAGAGUAUGCAA